ACCACUCAUCUUCAUUCUUUAUAGUCCGGCCUUUCUGCUCAUCUCUUACAUUUGGUUAGUUCCCGAGUCAGUCAGGUGGCACCUAAGUAAGGGCAGGCUAGAAGAAGCCAAAGCCACCUUGAGAAAAGCAGCAGAAUUCAACGGCAAAGAACUUUCCGAAAAUAUUCUAGAAAAACUCGGCUCGCCGGAGAGCGUGGAAGGAAAUAGAAAUGAAGGUGAAUUCAUGAAAGCUCUCAAAUCCACAACUUUAUUUCUAAGGUUGGUCAACUGCUGUUUCUGCUGGAUAACCUGUACUUUCCUUUUUUACGGACUCACACUGAAUUCGGUUAGUUUGGCUGCUGGGAACAGCUACCUGGAUUUCAUAUUGACAGCACUUAUUGAGAUCCCAGCAUAUAUUUGCUGUACUUUCAUGCUAGAUCUGAUGGGAAGAAGGAAAGCAGUAAGCGGUUCAUAUUUGGUGACAGGUUUAGCGUGCUCUGCAUUCGUAUUCGUGCCACCAGGCAAACAUUUGGGUUCACCUACCAGUACUCAGUUUUUCAAUAAUGUCCUUCGUUGCUGCUUUGUUGACGCUCCUUUUUCCUGAAACAUCCAAUAUAAACCUUCCCGAUACCAUUGAAGAGGCGGAAAAUAUAUCACAGCUAUCAAAAAAACUCCCGGAAAAAUUAGAA